AAGAACAGAAAAAGAAAGAAAUCCCUCAAAGGGAAAGAGAAAAAGAAGGAAAAAGAAAGCGAAGAAGGCUCAGAUAUUAUGUCAGGGUACUGAGCAAAAGGCACCAGGAACCACUGCCCACCUCCCAGAGUGCUGCUCCUCAACUUGGGGACAGAACAGUCCCAGACAGAAACACACUGGUGUUCCAAUCGGUUGUGACAGGAUGAUCCUGAGUGAACAGAAGAUGAAUCAGUGGGUAUUAGAAGUUAGAGAUGGACGGAUUUACUUGACUUACUCAAAGAGGAAAUGCUGCUCAGCCAAAACCAACUUUCUGAUGACAACAGCAGGACCAAAAAUUUGACUCAGAAUUAGUAAGAGCUGAAAGUCUGAUUGCCUUUGGAGUUGCUGGAGACUUCUGGAGAUGUACAUCGUGAGUUCGUACGAUUUUUCUGAGGGUUGCUGGAACUGAAGGUGUAUGGAAGAAGGAGUUCUAAGUUUCUGAGAUAUUGCAAAAGAUAGUUCCUCCUCUCAUCCUGGAAAAUCCUGACAGACCAGUUGGAUACCUUUCAGGCCUUAACUAAGGACUUUAUCUGUUCAUCCCACUGUCUUUUGUACUGUAGAAAGACCCAAGACACCCUUAAGAACUGAGAAUCUGACUAAUUUAAACAGAUGGCUAAUCCCAGUGCUGUCUGUAAUGGACAUCUACAUCAUCAUCACCAUCAGAAACAGAAUAACGUCUUAAAAAGUGGAGUCUGUAAGAAAAAUGGAAUUACCAAAGGAGUUAAGAAGAAUGGUGUAACAAAUGGAACUCCCCACAAAAAAACAUUUAUUGAGCACUUUGAACAAGCACCAAUGUAUGUUGCUGUUCUUACGUUUGUGGGUUUUGGAGUGGGCACAAUAUUUGGUUACCUGCGAGAUUUUAUGAGAGCCUGGGGACUAGAAAAACGUAACGUUGCACAGGAGAGACAACAACAAAAAGAUUUUGUGCCACUUUAUCAAGAUUUUGAGAACUUUUACACCAGAAACCUCUAUAUGAGAAUACGUGAUAACUGGAAUCGUCCAAUUUGCAGUGUCCCAGGGCCGCAGUUUGACCUCAUGGAACGCGUUACAGAUGAUUACAACUGGACAUUUAGGUUUACAGGAAGAACCAUCAAGAAUGUAAUCAAUAUGGGUUCUUAUAACUACCUCGGCUUUGCAGAAACAGAUCCUAACGCUUUGAAAACUGUAACCAAAGAGCUACAAAAAUAUGGAACAGGAAUCUGCAGUACUAGACAAGAAAUGGGGACCCUAGACAAGCAUGUAGAGCUAGAGAAUCUUGUGGCCAAAUUCCUAGGUGUGGAAGAUGCUAUGGUGUUUGGCAUGGGAUUUGCAACAAAUUCAAUGAAUAUUCCAGCACUUGUUGGAAAGGGUUGCCUCAUUCUAAGUGAUGAAUUGAACCACACUUCUCUCGUUCUUGGUGCGAGGCUUUCAGGUGCUACUAUUAGAAUCUUCAAGCAUAAUAAUAUGCAGAGUCUUGAGAAAUUAUUGAGAGAUGCAAUAAUAUAUGGCCAGCCUCGAAGCCACAGAGCAUGGAGAAAAAUUAUCAUCCUUGUGGAAGGCAUUUACAGCAUGGAAGGGUCCAUUGUGCAGCUGCCAGAGAUAGUCUCCUUAAAGAAGAAAUACAAAGCCUACCUCUAUCUGGACGAAGCUCACAGCAUCGGUGCAGUGGGAGCAACAGGACGAGGAGUUGUGGAGUACUUUGGUAUGAAUCCUGAUGAUGUUGACGUAUUAAUGGGAACAUUCACAAAGAGCUUUGGUGCAGCUGGAGGAUACAUAGCUGGCAAAAAGGGCCUCGUGGACUUUUUACGAACUCAUUCUCACAGUGCUGUGUACGCCACAUCUAUGUGCCCACCUGUGGCAGAGCAAAUCAUCAGAGCGAUGAAGUGUCUCAUGGGGUUAGAUGGAACAACGCAAGGGCUCCAGAGAGUGCGCCAGCUAGGGAAAAACACGAGAUACUUCAGAAGAAGACUGCACGAAAUGGGCUUCAUCAUCUAUGGCAAUGAUGAUUCUCCUGUGGUCCCAUUACUCCUUUAUAUGCCUGGUAAGAUAGGGGCUUUUGCAAGACGCAUGUUAGAAAAAAAUAUCGGGGUUGUUGUGGUUGGGUUUCCAGCUACUCCUAUCACAGAGUCCAGGGCUCGGUUUUGUGUGUCAGCUGCACAUACACGGGAGAUGUUAGACACGGUUUUGAAUGCUCUGGAUGAAUUGGGUGAUUUUCUACAGCUGAAAUAUUCACGGGACAAAAAAAGAGUUAGAAGACGGCUAAUGCUGAGAACAAGAACAGUUACCUCAUCAGAUAUUUCUGACAACAGAUUAUGGGAAAGAGGAAUGUUUCCUCCCUUCCACAGACCCUUUCUCUGCCACUUCAAUAUACUGUAAGCCUCAUAUUAUAGAAAAGUUGGGGCUUAGAAAUAAAGAAAUGUUUUUAUUCUAAUGUAUUUGACCUACAGCCUUCCCCAUCUUAGCACGACGAGAGCUUCUCAGCAGGCUUGCUCCCUUUUCAUGUAGCAGCAGUAAAUAAUUUUAAUAACCAUUUAACUUUCCCGUAAAAAGCUUGAUCAAAACAGUCAGAUACUCGCAGUUCACAAACUGCAGAUGACAUUUAUGGGCCCAUUCCUAAGUUUCCUGAACUACUUAUGGGCUUAAUAAAUUCACUAACAAGUACAUAAUGCCCAAGUUGUUAGUUAUACAGAAUUGUGACGUUCGGGAUACCACGAGCAGUUCUCCCACCUGCUAAAUUGAGAGCUCCGCCAUUCCUAACUGCACUAAGGUCACCCACUUAAUAACAUUUCUUGAAAUGUUCUUGUCUGGUUUAUGCAUGCCAGGGAUUGUUUUGCUUGUCAGGCUGCAGGCUUUUUGAGUGGCUUAUUUUUCCAAUAAUUGAUUAUGUCAUCUGAGAGGAAGACGUCCUUGUUCUCCUUUCCACUGCUCAAGUGACAAAUGCUCAAAGAUGCUUGGAGGAAAUGUUACAGUCUGCAGCUUCCCUGCAAUGCCUUCAGCAGCAGAACCAUCGGCCUCGUGUGGGCUGGGUAGUUGGAGGGAUAUUGUAGCUUUUUCCCUUUUCUGUGGUGUUGAAAAGUGGUUCUGCAGCUUUAAGAAUGAACUCCAAACCAUUCCACACUAUCAAAUGUCAUUGUAAACACAUCAGAUGAGAGAUGUUUAGGUUUCUGUUGCACAGAUGUACCACACUUUCAUGUUCUCUUGAAAGCUGUGGUGUAAACUUAACCCGCAGCUGCAAUAUUAGAUUUAAGAACAGUACAAUUAAAUUGCGGAGUACCAAUUACACUAUAUUACUCUCUGCUUGUUAAAGCUGCUUUCAGGAUAUAACAAGGCUGAUUGGUUAUGAGGGGCCACUUUUUGUUGGGUUUUUGUUGUUGUUGUCAUGCAAGUUAAUAAAAAUCCAGUGGUGCUAUAA